CUGCGAUCCAAUAACAGCGCUUCAGUAUAGUCGCAAACUUCGGGGUAAUUCACGUACUUGGAGGCUUGUAGGGCAACCAGGGUCGUUCCGUAUGCUGGUCAAAUUCCUACUGCGAACAAGCCUAUAUAUCAUCUAUCACAGAGCCCCAUCGCAUCCACCGCCACAACAUCAGAAAGCGCGGGGUCGUCCGUCAUCCCCGCCCACUGGAGGCGUAGCUCUGAACACCUGGCUGCUUAAUGAAUUCAUCACCAGGUGUUUGGGACUAGCACCUCCGGAGGGUCUGCUACGUACCUCGAGCUGAUGGGAAGACAGCGCGCGGUUGUAUGAUUCCGUGCUGCAUCUUCGUAGCCUCGGCUGUCCGCACGUCGCGCGCGGGGUGGGAUACACGUCUCCUGU